AUGCUAAUAUAUGGUUUAGCCAAUCUCGACACAAAAUGGACGCUUCCAUAUGCAUUAGCGAAGUGCCUCAAGGGUCCAUUUCUGUCACCGAUACUUCCACGCGUAUUUCUCAUCUUAUUCACAUACUUGCAGCCCAUCUUCAUUGGAAAAGCAAUACGAUUUGUCAAUGGCACCUCUCAGACUAUUCUCGUUGGAAAUAGUGGCCUUCCAUUGAUGCUUUUUGCUGCAAUGUUGUACAUGGGAAUGGCGGUAUCGGCGGCAAUCUAUCAACAUCGAAUCAAUAGGCUGCGCGUUAUGGUUCGAGGGGCAUUGGUUGGUCUCAUUCACAACCAGUGCCUUAAUCUGCCAAAUGAAAAAUCCCAAGACUCAUCCGCAUUGGCAUUGAUUAGCUCAGAUAUUGACAGCAUCGACUCUGUGGGUGAGAUUAUCCACGAGACCUGGGCCCGGCUCAUAGAGUUAGCUACCGGGACAGUGCUAUUGGCCGCUCAGAUCCAAUGGUUCGCAAUUCUACCAUUCAUUAUAAUCUUCGGAUGCUCGCGAAUGAGUGCGUAUGUUGCAAAGCACUUGGAGAAUAGACAGAAAGCCUGGAACGAGGCAACGCAGGUCCGUCUCGCCGCAACAACCGCAACUAUAGAAGGUAUCAAGAGCUUGAAGAUGAUGGGUAUGGAGGAUGCAAUCAAGUCUCAGGUAUUGCAUUUGCGAAGCAAUGAGAUUCAAAUGUCAAAGCGCCUACGAUGGAUUGUGGUCGCCUACAAUGCGAGUGCAAAUGCACUUGGAAUAAUCGCUCCAGUACUGACUCUCAUUCUAUUCUUGUCGUCCCAAAGCGAUCGAAUGCAUGCCGAUCAAACCUUUCCAGCUCUUGCUCUUCUAGCUAUGGUGACACAUCCAGCCAACAUGGUGAUGACUCUUAUUCCACAGGCCAUCUCUGUUAUGGCAAACUUCGAUCGUAUCCAGAAUUUUAUUAGCCAACCGUCUAUCCAGGAGACGCGAGAAGUCUCUCAGGGAGACAGUUUUCAACAAUUUGUUUCAAUACAAAACCUAACGGUAGCACCCCCUGCAGUAUACCAUCCCAUACUCCGCGAUGUCAAUUUAGCAAUGACAAGAGGAGAAAUUGUGACUUGCGCCGGCGCCGUUGGAAGCGGGAAGACAACGUUAGCAAUGGCUGUUCUUGGAGAAGCCACUGGUACCACUGGCUCGAUCUGUCUAUCUUCCAAGGAGAUUGCAUAUUGCGCUCAAGAGCCGUGGUUGCCUAGCAUCACGAUCCGUGAAGCUAUAUCAGGACAUACUGUUGAUCUAGAUACCGAAUGGUAUAAUACUGUGAUCGAAGCCUGCGGUUUGGUGCCGGAUUUACAUUCCCUUGUCGCUGGUGAUAUGGCUCUGAUAGAUAAUAAUGGGAUGAAUCUCUCUGGUGGGCAAAAGCAGCGUAUAGCUUUGGCCCGAGCAGUAUACUCGAAAUAUAGAAUCCUUGUCCUAGACGAUCCGUUCAGUGCUCUUGAUGAAGCUGUCGCUGAUCACAUCGUGCAAAGGCUGUUGGGCCCACGAGGUCUGAUUCGAAAAAUGGCGACUACGGUGCUUUUGGUCAACAACUCUAACCGAGUCCUGGUCCUGCAGGAAUCAAGGCUACAUCAUCAAACACACCUUCAAGAUUCGAAAGCAGCUUCCGGAGUUCUUACACUGCCUGCAAAUAUCUCCCACACUCAAAAUCCACCGAAGGCGACUGGAGGGUUUGGAAAGAGCCGGACACUACAUCUAAGCGAGGCGGAAGAUGAUAGCUCUCGGAGGACUGGGGAUAUCGCAAUAUAUGGGUAUUAUAUCAACGCAAUCGGCCGGUCGAACGCUCUUCUUUUGAUUGCCUGUACGGCCGGUUUUUCAUUUUGUUCUACAUUUGCUCAGUAUGUUCUCAAAUGGGCGACAGAAUCGCCUCCAGACAGAUUAAACACAUAUAUGUCUCUAUAUGCCGCAAUCUCGUUCACGGGGUGGGUGGCAACUAGUGGUACUGCGUGGGCCGCUCAAAUGAAAGUUGCUAUCAGGUCAGGGGCAUUUUUACACGCACAGCUUCUUGAUCGAAUCCUUAAGGCGCCUCUAUCUUACUUCACUGGAACUGAUAUCGGUGUCAUUGUGAACAGGUUUGGGCAGGACAUAAACCUCGUGGAUAAGCAACUUCCUCCAACGCUGGCAAAUCUCAAUACCCAAAUCUUCAAGCUGUUGAUGCAGUUGGUGCUGCUAAUAAAGAUCCGACCAAUGAUGACUCUCACUGUGCCAGUCUGCGCCAUAUGCGUUUAUAUCAUCCAGCGUAUCUAUCUUCGGACAUCGCGACAACUACGCUUCCUUGAGCUAGAGUCAAAAUCAUCUUUGUUCACGAACUUUCUAGACACAGCAAAUGGCAUCGUGACAAUCCGAGCCUUUGGGUGGAAAGACAAAUUCGAGAACGAGAAUGUGCAAGCCUUGGACCUGUCUCAAAAGCCUUUCUAUCUCCUUCUCUGCCUACAGUGCUGGCUAAAGGUGAUACUAGAUUGUAUUAUGACGGGUUUUGCAGUCAUUCUGAUUGCGUUCACUAUCUCUUAUCGAAACACCACGGCGGGUGCCGAUCUUGGUUUGGCUCUUAACUUGAUAAUCGUCGCAAACACCACGCUACUAAAGCUUGUACAGUCCUGGACGGCCCUUGAGACUUCUUUGGGGGCGAUUGCUCGAUUGAAAAGCGUCCAAGACUGUCUACCAACUGAAGACAGCGCCGGGCAUACUCUUGACCCUGGCCUGCGAUGGCCCUCUUUUGGAAACCUGCAGGUGAACGACAUAUCAGUCGGCUAUUCGAAUUCUUCGCCACCUACCUUGCACAACGUAUCUCUCACAGUCAAGCCUGGACAAAAGACCGUUCUCGUAGGUCGAACAGGGAGUGGUAAAAGUACAUUGAUGCUUUCCUUACUACAACUUCUCGGGCCCAGUCAGGGAUUCACUUUGAUCGACGACAUCAACGUCACGCAUGUGUGCCCGAGAACGGUGCGAAAACGAGGGUUCAUUGCAGUGCCACAAGAUGGAUUGACAAUUUCAACGGCUAGUCUACGCUUUAAUCUAGAUCCUUAUCACACGAGCUCAGAGCAAGAAAUAUCCCUAAGUCUCCAAAGGACAGGUCUUUGGGAUAAGAUCCAUUCAAUAGCUGGUUCGGCCGAGAAGGUAGGCACGAGCCGCAAAAUUCAAAACCUGCUCGAUCUUCCCAUGUCAUCAUUUCUGCCAUUCUCGGCUGGACAACUGCAAUUAUUUGCCUUAAGUCGAACACUGCUCCGAGUCUGGUCAUCCGCGCCACACAAGCCGAUUGUUAUUUUGGAUGAAGUCAGCUCUUCGUUAGAUUCAGAAACAGAGUCUGUUCUGAUAGAUAUCAUUCGGGACGAUCUCCGAGAUUACACUGUUGUGAUUAUUGCGCAUCGUGUUGCUGGUAUCAUGGGUGCUAUGAGACCUGGGAUUGACGCAAUUGCCACCAUGAAAGAUGGCAGGCUGCAGACUGUGUCUUUUAUUGACAGCUCUGGUUGA